AUGAGGUAUUAUAUAUUUUUUUCUCUAUUUAUAUAUCUCUUUGUGUCUAUCUUUCUCUCAUUCUUUCUCUUUCUCUCUCGUCCUCACCUCUUUCUCUUUCUCUCUCUCUUUCUAUCUAACUAUCUAUCUAUCUUUCGCUUUCUCAUUGUUUUCCGUUCUCUCUCUUUCUCUCGCUCUUUCUCUGUGAUUCACUUUUUCUCUCUUCCUCACUCUUCUAAUUCUUUUUCUCUCACUUUUGCUCUCUGUAUCUCUCUAUCUAUCUUUCUCUCUCUCUUUUUCUACCUUUCUUUCUCUUUCUCUUUCUCUCUCUCUCUCUCUCUCUUUCUGUCAUUCUUUCUAUCUCUAUCAUUUUCAUUUUUUUCUCUUUUCUUUCCUUCUCUCUCUAUCUUUCUCUUUCUCUCUCUCUCUCUCUCUCUGUUUCUCUCUCACACUUACUCACACUCUUUCUUUUUCUGUCUCUCUCGCGCUAUCUAUCUCACUUUUUCUAUCUCUUUUCCUCAUCCUUCUCACUCUUUUCUCUCUCUCUCUCUCUCUCUCUCUCUCUCAAUUAAUAUAACAUCAAAUUGCCGAAGCAGCUCAAUUUAUAUCUAUCUAUCUAUCUAUCUUAGUCUAUUUAUAUCUAUCUAUCUAUCUGUCUGUCUAUCUAUCUAUCUAUCUACCUCAGCAUAUAUUGGAGACGUUAAAUUCAUGAGAGUGAUAUUGUCUCCUCUAUCUCUCCUUUCCUACUUUCUUUCUUUUUUUCUUUCUUUUUUCUUUCUUUUUCCUUCUUUCUUUCUUUCUUUUUUCUGUCUUUUUUCCUUCUGUCUGUCUGUCUUUCUUUCUUUUUUUCUGUCUUUCUUUAUUCUUUCUUUUUUCCUUCUGUCUGUUUGUCUGUCUUUCUUUCUUUUUUCUCUCUUUCUUUUCUCUUUCUUUUUUCUGUCUGUCUGUCUGUCUUUCUUUCUUUUUUCUUCUGUCUGUCAGUCUUUCUUUCUUUCUUUUUCUGACUAA